AUGGCUGAGCUAAUCCAGAAGAAGCUGCAGGGAGAAGUGGAGAAAUAUCAACAGCUGCAGAAGGACUUGAGUAAAUCCAUGUCAGGGAGGCAGAAACUAGAGGCACAACUAACAGAGAAUAAUAUCGUGAAGGAGGAACUGGCCCUGCUGGAUGGGUCCAACGUCGUGUUUAAACUUCUGGGGCCGGUGCUGGUCAAACAGGAGCUGGGGGAAGCUCGGGCCACAGUGGGGAAAAGGCUGGACUACAUCACAGCUGAGAUUAAGCGAUAUGAAUCCCAGCUCCGGGACCUAGAGCGGCAGUCAGAACAGCAGAGGGAGACCCUUGCUCAGCUGCAGCAGGAGUUUCAGCGGGCGCAGGCGGCAAAGGCAGGGGCUCCUGGGAAGGCCUGA